AUGUGGUCAAAUUUUCAUGUUUUUUCCUCCGUACACCCGGCGUUGAAUCAAAAAUUGAGGUGCUAUAUGCCCCCUCGACCUCAUAAUUAUUUCUCGAUAUCAAGCCAGCAAGAAUCUGCGUUUUUGGGGGAGUCCUGUUUGACAUGUGGUGCCCCUGCUGUGGAACUACAUUCUAUAUUACAAUGCCUGGAAGGCAAUGCUAGUUACCGCCUUUGCAUCGGAGCCGGAGUGGGGGAUUUUCUAAACCCUGAUCUUAGAUCAUUUAAUACCCGAGAAAGGUUAGGAUCUGUUCAGAUGCAGAAUAUUUUAAGUACAGUCGUCUCUGGCGUGGGGGGAGAGGAGUGGAUAAUAGACUGGUUUUGUUGUCGCAUUUCGUGGAGACACACAUUCAAAUCAAAACAGAAGUGGUUAUCCACCACUAACUACCUACGGUCCAUGUCCCCCGGAACAGAUGCAGUCAUUGGGGUAGCUACGCCGGAGGGAAGGAUGAGUAUGGGGUUAUGUAGAUCAGGCACGCAUCCGGUCAUACAUCCCGCGCCAAACUAA